AAAUAAAGAGGGAAGUUAAAGCAAAGAGUAAUCCUUGAGCUGUAGUCAAGUGAAGUUGCUUUCACCUGUGGUUAAAAUACUUUGUUGAAUAAUUAAUUUCAAACAACCGUUUUAUAAGUGAUUCAUUCUGUUUAAGAUAGAAUUCGUUUAAACAAAAAAUUUCAUGAUGAUCAAGUUGGACAAUAAAGUAGCCCUGAUUACUGGUUCGAGUGAUGGGAUUGGAGCUGCGACAGCUCUACUUUUUUCCUCUUUGGGUGCUAAAAUUGCCAUUGUUGGUCGAGAUGCUACGAAAUUGAAUAAAGUAGCUGAAGCUUGUACAGCCAACUCACCUCAGGGUUACAAACCUGUUGUGAUCAAAGCUGAUUUUGAGAGUGACGAUGAGGUAAAACGAACUUUUGAAGAGACUAUUGCUGCUUACAAACAAUUAGACAUUCUAGUCAAUAAUGCUGGCGUAGUUGCUAAAAAGCCCUUUGGAGAUCCUGAUGCUCUUGCUGAUUACGAUCGAGUUAUGCAAGUUAAUGUAAGAGCUGUUAUACGUUUAACUGAAUUGGCCAAGUCACAUUUAAUUGCUGCUAAGGGUGCUAUUGUUAAUGUUUCCAGUAUUGCUGCUUUGAGAUCGACUCCGUCAUUUUGGUCCUAUUGUAUGUCCAAAGCUGCCUUGGAUAUGUUCACCAAAUCAAUGGCUACUCUUCUAGCUCCUAAUGUUCGAGUAAAUUCAGUAAAUCCUGGUCCAGUACGAACCAACAUACUUUCCUCAAUUAUGCCUGGAAACAUAUGGGACGAAAUGGCGAAACUUCAACCUUUGCAAAGAGUCGGAGAUCCAUCAGAUAUUGCUAACACAAUCGCCUUCCUCGCGUCUGAUGCAUCAAGAAACAUGACUGGUUCAAUUGUUGUUUCCGAUUCUGGAUCUUUGGUUGCAGACCCUCACAAGGAAUUUGCUGAGGCUGCCUUGAAAAAUGUCUAGAAAUUCUUGAUUUGCUGAUUUGUUGACGAACUUGGAAAACACAAUAUUCAAUUUCUUGCUUCAAAAAAUAUGAAUAACCUCUAACGUGAUUUUGAAAUCACCUUGUUAACGAUAAAAAUGGGUUUAAUUGGGUUUUAUGGGUUGACUACUAACAUUAAUUUUAAUCAAGAUUGAACAAAAAUUCGAGGAGACCAACUUUUUGAGCGUUUCCAUUGUUCAAUUUACUAUUGAUAAUGAAUUAUAAAUAAAAUUGGGUGAUUAUUGGAGAAGAA